AUGGAUCAGCGACCUAGCAAGAUGCAUUUUAACCAGAGGAAAACAACACCACUUUCCUUCUCCAGACAACAAUGGGGUCCUAAUUGUCACAACCAGCCACCGUCGACACCCCAAUGGGGUCCUAAUCCUAGUAGUCACAACCAACCACCAUCCAAGGUGGUUUUGACUCCGGUUCAUUCCGUUGGAUCGGAGAGAAAUAUAGCCGAUUCAGCGACGAAGAUUCAGAGGGUUGCGAGAGGGUUUCUGGUGAGGAAGAGUGUGAAGAAGAUGAUGAAGAUGAAGGUGGAGUUGGAGGAGAUUAGAAAGAAGGUGAAUGAUGAAGAAACUGUGAAGAUGAUAAAGGAAGUGCAGAUGGAGAGGUUAAAGAUGGAUGAAAGCCUCGCGACUUUGCUUCUUAGGUUGGAUUCUGUUAGAGUGUUUGGUUGUUCGGCGCUUCGGGGGGUUAGAAGGUCACUCGUUAAGAGAGCUAUUUUUCUUCAAGAAUUUGUUGAUCAAAUUCAAAUGGUGGAGGAGAAGAAUAAGGAUGACGACGAUGAUGGUAAAUGCGCGAGGGUUAGGGCGGCGACGAAGAUUCAGAUGGUUGCUAGAGGGUAUCUUGUGAGGAAAGACAUGAAGAAGAUGCUGAAGAUAAAGAUGGAGUUGGAUGAGAUUGAGAAGAAGGUGAAUAACAAAGAAACUGUGAAGAUCAUGAAGAAAAAGCAAGAAGAGAGAAUAAGUAUGAAUGGAGCCAUCAUGGAUUUGCUUCUUAGGUUAGAUUCUGUUAUAGUGUUUCCUUGCUCCCCUCUUAGGGAGUUCAGAAAAUCACUUAUCAAUAAGGCUAUUUUUCUUGAUGAAUUUGUUGAUCAAGUUCAAACGGUGGAUCUCGCAGACAAGCACGAGGAGGUGACGAAGGUAUGGAUUGAUAGUGAAAUAUUGACAAGGAUGAUGAUGGAUGAGAAUUUGGAAAUGGUGAGAAGGAUUAAGGAUGAUAGUAAGAAGCAAACUUCAGUUCUUACAUCUUUGACACAAAGAGUGGAGCAGCUUGAGAGAGCAUUCAGUUGUGAUAAGAAUAGAAGAUAUGUUUGCAAAACAUAG